GCAUGCAUAAAUGUAGGCCGUUAUUGUUUAUGGGCCAAAACCCAAGUAGGACCCAUUCCACAAAUACCCUUUGGUGUUUGUGAUGUGCAAGAUCCAGUACUAGAAGAAGGACAUUGGGGCCGGAUGCUUGUUAUCAAUUACUCAAUAGUUCUCAAAACAUUUAAUGGAAUGGAUAAGAAGGAUAUAAAUAGAGUCAAGUCAUUUUACACCAGAACAAAAAGGAUACAAUAUCUGGAGACAGUAGUCAAAAGUGAAGUCAGCCCGUCCAAUUCUAAUGCAUAA